AUGUCUUCUGAGACUAAUACGUUCUUUCAUUUGUAUGGUUACCCUGAAGCUGAUGGAUGCACUGACUGGUCUGUGGAUUACAAGAAAUAUCAAGUCCUAGUGGGAGAACCUGUUCGUAUAAAAUGUGCUCUCUUUUAUGGGUAUAUUAGAGCUAAUUACUCUCUGGCCCAAAGUGCUGGACUUAGUUUGAUGUGGUACAAAAGCUCUGGACCUGGAGAUUUUGAGGAACCUAUAGCUUUUGAUGGAACUAGAAUGAGCAAAGAAGAAGACUCAAUUUGGUUCCGACCAACAGUGGCACAAGACAGCGGGCUUUAUGCAUGCGUUAUAAGAAACUCAACUUAUUGUAUGAAAGUGUCCAUUUCGCUGACGGUGGGUGAAAAUGACACUGGACUCUGCUACAAUUCAAAGAUGAAAUAUUUUGAAAAAGCUGAACUUAGCAAAAGCAAGGAAAUCUCAUGCCCUGAAAUUGAGGAUUUUUUAUUUCCAUUUAGGGAGCCUGAAAUUCUGUGGUAUAAGGAAUGCAAGUCAAAGACGUGGAGAUCAAGUAUUGUGUUUAAAAAGGACACUCUUGUCAUUCGGGAAGUUAGAGAGGAUGACAUUGGAAAUUACACUUGUGAGUUAAAAUAUGGAUUCUUUGUUGUCAGAAGAACUACGGAAUUAACAGUUACAGCACCACUAACAGAUAAACCACCAAAGCUUUUACACCCCUUGGAGAGUAAGAUAACAGUUCAGGAGACCCAGUUAGGUGGUUCUGCUAAUCUAACCUGCCGAGCAUUCUUUGGGUAUAGCGGAGAUGUCAGUCCUUUAAUCUACUGGAUGAAAGGGGAGAAGUUUAUUGAAGAUUUGGAUGAUAGUCGAGUCUGGGAAAGUGACAUCAGGGUUCUUAAGGAACAUCUCGGGGAACAGGAGGUUUCCAUCUCGUUGAUUCUUGACUCUGUGGAAGAGGCAGACCUGGGGAAUUACUCAUGCUACGUCGAGAAUGGAAAUGGACGCCGGCAUGCCAGUAUUCUUCUACAUAAAAGGGAGCUGAUGUACACAGUUGAGCUUGCUGGUGGGCUUGGUGCUAUUCUGCUGCUGCUUGUUUGUUUAGUGACUAUCUACAAGUGUUACAAGAUAGAGAUUAUGCUCUUCUACAGGAAUCAUUUUGGAGCUGAAGAACUAGAUGGAGACAACAAAGACUAUGAUGCAUAUCUAUCCUAUACCAAAGUGGAUCCUGACCAGUGGAAUCAAGAAACUGGAGAAGAAGAAAGAUUUGCUCUUGAGAUCCUACCAGAUAUGCUUGAAAAGCAUUAUGGAUACAAGUUGUUCAUACCAGACAGAGAUUUGAUUCCCACAGGAACCUACAUUGAAGACGUGGCAAGAUGUGUAGACCAAAGCAAGCGACUGAUCAUCGUCAUGACUCCAAAUUACGUGGUAAGAAGAGGCUGGAGCAUCUUUGAACUGGAAACAAGACUUCGAAACAUGUUAGUCACAGGGGAAAUCAAAGUGAUACUGAUUGAAUGCAGUGAACUACGAGGAGUUAUGAACUACCAGGAAGUCGAGGCCCUGAAACAUACUAUCAAGCUCCUCACUGUCAUUAAAUGGCACGGACCAAAAUGCAACAAGUUGAAUUCCAAGUUCUGGAAACGUUUACAGUACGAAAUGCCUUUUAAGAGGAUUGAACCCAUCACACAUGAGCAGGUUUUAGAUGUCAGUGAGCAGGGGCCCUUUGGGGAACUGCAGACAGUCUCCGCAAUUUCCAUGGCUGCUGCCACCUCCACUGCUCUUGCCACUGCCCAUCCAGACCUGCGCUCCACCUUUCAUAACACAUAUCAUUCACAGAUGCGCCAGAAACACUAUUAUCGAAGCUAUGAAUAUGAUGUACCUCCUACAGGCACCCUGCCGCUUACCUCAAUAGGUAACCAGCAUACCUACUGCAACAUCCCUAUGACACUUAUAAACGGGCAGCGGCCGCAGACAAAAACUAACAGGGAGCAGAAUCCAGAAGAGGCUCACACAAACAGUUCGAUACUGCCCCUCUUGCCACGGGAGACCAGUAUAUCAAGUGUCAUUUGGUGA